AUGAAGGUGACGCCAGCCACGAAGGAAGAAAUCGGGGAGGAAAACGCCUGUUGGCUAGACCCCAAGUUUGUUGCGGACUGGCGGGCCUCAAACAAGGCCAGAGCCAGCUCAGGCGAUACUCAGGGCAAAGGCAAGACCAAAGGAAGCCAACAACAUCAUUCAACUUGUGCCAACACGUUUGGCGUGGAGACUCUUCGCGACCUGACCAUCGAACAGGUCAUCGCAUGCUAUGACAACAUCCUCGAGGUCAAGGGCGAGGCGAUUGGGAAGGGCGCCAUUGAAGAGGACCUCGCCAUCUUCGUCCUCGCCCUCAUCAUCUCCAUCCUCGCCCUCAUCAUCUCUAUAUGA